UUUGUGUGGCCAUGUUCCCAAGAAUCAUCCAGCUUUUAAUUACUGUCAUUUUGCUUCCUUCUGUAUCCAACUCUCCCAUUCUUAGCUUUCCAGUUCUCUUGUAGGUCCCCCUUUCCUUCCAUGUGCUUACUCUCUACUCUCAAUGCUUUUGCUUCCUCUCUGCAAAAACCCUACAAUCUUUCUCUAAAAUCUUGAAGAAAAAAAAUCUUCAAAACUUUGCUAUAAGCAAACAACCCUUCGUUCCUUGUUUUUCCACUUAAAGUGUCAAUCUUUACACAAAAAAUGAACACCCUUCUUGGUUUAAAGCUUGUAACUUUUCUUGUUCUUAGUGUUUCUACAUUCUUGUUUUUAGGUGUUGAGUGUCAAAAAAAUAAUGAUGAUGAUGUUUCAGUAAUGUUAGCUUUGAAAAAGAGCUUAAACCCAUCUCAAGAUUUGGGUUGGCUUGACCCGGAUCCAUGUAAAUGGAACCAUGUUGGUUGUUCAAACAAACGGGUCAUCAGGAUCCAAAUUGGUCAUAUGAAUAUUCAAGGUACACUUCCUCAAGAACUGGCUAAAUUAACUGAACUUGAACGUUUAGAGCUUCAGUAUAACAAUAUUUCAGGCCCUUUGCCUAGUUUAAGUGGUUUAAGUUCAUUACAAGUGUUAAUGCUUAGUAAUAAUCAGUUUAGUUCAAUUCCAGCUGAUUUUUUUACUGAUAUGUCAUCAUUACAAUCUGUUGAAAUUGAUAAUAAUCCUUUUGUUGGUUGGGAGAUACCUGAGAGUCUUAGAAAUGCUUCAUCACUUAAGAACUUUUCAGCAAAUUCAGCUAAUGUUACUGGAAAAAUUCCUAGCUUUUUAAGUCCUGAUGAGUUUCCUGGAUUGGUGAAUUUACAUUUGGCUUUGAAUAACCUGGAGGGUGAAUUGCCUUCGAGUUUUUCGGGCUUCCUGCUUGAGUCUUUGUGGUUAAAUGGACAGAAACUUACUGGAGGAAUUGAUGUUUUACAAAACAUGACAUUGUUAAAGGAGGUUUGGUUGCAUUCAAAUGGAUUUUCGGGUCCAUUGCCUGACUUUUCGGGGUUAAAGGCUUUGGCGAGAUUGAGUCUUAGAGAUAAUUCGUUUACUGGUCCUGUGCCAACUUCUUUGGUGAAUCUUGAGUCUUUGAAGGCGGUUAAUUUGACGAAUAAUUUGUUUCAAGGACCAAUGCCGAAGUUCAAAGAUUCAGUUGCUGUUGAUUUAACGAAAGAUACAAACAGCUUUUGUUUGCCACAACCAGGUGAUUGUGAUCCUAGAGUAAAUACAUUGCUUUCUAUUGCAAAAGCAAUGAAUUAUCCAAGGAAGUUUGCUGAGAACUGGAAGGGAAAUAAUCCGUGUGCUGAUUGGUUUGGUCUUACUUGCACCAAUGGUAACGUAACCAUUGUAAACUUCCAGAAAAUGGGGCUUUCAGGAACAAUUUCUCCUGAAUUUGCUUCACUAAAGUCACUACAAAGAAUAGUUCUUGCAGAUAAUAAUCUCACAGGCACAAUUCCUGAGGAGCUGACCACAUUGACAAGCCUUACAGAGUUAGAUGUAUCAAACAACCAAAUUUACGGAAAGGUACCGGCUUUUAGGAACAAUAAUAUUCUGAAAACUGGUGGUAACCCUGAUAUCGGGAAGGAAAAAAGUGAUGCGACUUCUCAAGGCGGUACUCCAGGUAGUUCACCGGGCUCUGGUUCGGAUGACGGAAAUGCCCAAGCAGCUCGGAAAAAGUCCAAUCGAUGGAUUGGAAUUGUGGUGUUUUCUGUAAUUGGGGGUGUAUUUAUGCUUUGUUUGAUUGGAGUGGCAGCUUUCUGUCUGUACAAAAGCAAACAAAAGCGUUUUAGCCGAGUGCAAAGUCCGAACGCCGUCGUGAUGCAUCCACGCCAUUCUGGUUCUGAUAAUGACAGUGUCAAAAUCACGGUUGCGGGGUCCAGUGUCAGUGUCGGUGCGGUUAGUGAAACUCAUACCGUUUCCGCUAGUGAAACCGGUGACAAUGUUCAAAUGGUUGAAGCAGGGAAUAUGGUGAUUUCGAUUCAAGUACUGAAGAAUGUGACCAACAAUUUUAGUGAAGAGAACAUACUAGGUCAAGGAGGGUUCGGCACGGUCUACAAAGGGGAGUUGCAUGAUGGGACGAAGAUCGCCGUCAAAAGAAUGGAAAACGGAAUCAUCACUGGAAAGGGACUUAAUGAAUUCAAAUCCGAGAUUGCUGUUUUGACCAAGGUCAGACAUAGGCAUCUUGUUGGACUACUCGGGUACUGUCUUGAUGGGAAUGAAAAACUUCUAGUCUAUGAAUACAUGCCACAAGGAACAUUAAGCGAGCAUCUUUUCAACUGGGCAGAGGAAGGAAAGAAGCCCCUAGAAUGGACAAAAAGACUGACUAUUGCAUUAGAUGUUGCUAGGGGUGUAGAGUACCUCCAUAGUUUAGCCCACCAGAGUUUCAUUCACAGGGAUUUGAAGCCCUCAAAUAUUCUUCUAGGGGAUGAUAUGAGGGCUAAAGUUGCAGAUUUUGGCCUUGUGAGACUUGCUCCAGAAGGGAAAGGUUCUAUAGAGACAAGGAUUGCUGGGACAUUUGGAUAUCUGGCACCGGAAUAUGCAGUAACUGGGAGAGUCACAACCAAGGUGGACGUGUUCAGUUUCGGUGUGAUUUUAAUGGAGCUCAUCACAGGAAGAAAGGCUCUCGAUGAAACCCAACCUGAGGAGAGCAUGCAUCUCGUAACAUGGUUCCGAAGAAUGCAUCUGAAUAAAGAUACAUUCAGAAAGGCAAUCGACCCCGCGAUUGACCUAAGCGAGGAAACACUCGCCAGUGUCAGCACUGUAGCUGAGCUAGCUGGACAUUGCUCUGCAAGGGAGCCAUAUCAAAGGCCUGACAUGGGUCAUGCUGUCAAUGUUCUUUCAUCUCUUGUCGAGCUCUGGAAACCAUCCGAUGAGUGCUCAGAGGACAUAUACGGCAUUGAUCUCGAUUUGUCACUGCCUCAGGCACUGAAGAAGUGGCAAGCUUAUGAAGGUACAAGUCACAUGGAUUCAUCCUCUUCUUCUUACCUUCCAAGCAUGGAUAACACUCAAACUAGCAUACCUACUCGCCCCUACGGUUUUGCUGAGUCAUUCACAUCUUCUGAUGGUAGAUGAGAAGUAAUUGGCACUCUUUGAUCUAGGUUUGGUUGUUCAUUCUCUCUGUUUCCCCCCUCUUUGCUGCGAGUCUCGCAACUUUUUUUUUUUUUUUUUUUUUCUUGCUUUUAACUCGGAUGCUCUGAUCCUUUAACUAAUUCUUAGUUUUGGAACAGUGGUGUAUAGGGAUUCUUUUUAAGAUUUUUGUUGUCUUUUGACUCUUUUGUAUGAUAAAUCUCUCUCACUGUCCAUGUGGAUACAUCGUGGUUUGGUUGGAAAUGGAAAGGGAUGGCAUCAAUUGCCAGUAGACCAUGGUA